UCCUCUUGCUUAUGAUUCCUUAUUCUGCACCAUUCCGGAAUUCUAAGCUGGGUCUUUCAGAGAGCCUCCGUAGCUGCUGCUAUCUGUCCACCAUGUUCUCCGAAGUCCAGGAUUGUUGGGAGCUCGACCGAGUGAUAUGAGGCCUGUGGUGAGGAGUGAAGCCUGAGCUAGAUUGCCCCUCCCGUCGACCGAGUGAUAUGAGGCCUGUGGUGAGGAGUGAAGCCUGAGCUAGAUUGCCCCUCCCGUCGACCGAGUGAUAUGAGGCCUGUGGUGAGGAGUGAAGCCUGAGCUAGAUUACCCCUCCCAUCGAGUAUGCCAAGAUGGCGCCCAUUUCCUGCUCCCUAGCUAGUAAACAACACGCCCUGUAAGCUAGUCUGCCCAGCAACAGCUGACUCUGGCCAAUCAGCUCGUCUUGCCUACUUUGAUGUGAUUGGUCGAUGUGUCCAUAUAUAUGCUGACACCACCCCUGGGGCGAGAACACACACCAAGAAGAGGGACUGCUGAGAGAAGCACACAAGGAGCCGUAGGGAACGGACCAGAGGAGGCUUCCCUCAGGCGGGAUCCGAGAUCCCGGAACAGGGCGUACGGAGAGAGAAAAUAAAUCAGAGGCUAUCCGCCGACUACUCGUGUCGUGUGUUUUUUCCUGCCGGCCGGGAUCGACACCGACAUUUGGUGGCCCGUACGGGGAACUGAUCACCCCCGAGGCGAGGCGGACGACGCUCCAGUAUUGCUCUGCAGGACAGGAACCAGGACGAGAACCAUUGUGGGUCCCAGAACGGCUGACGCGUGUGGCGAAUCCAACGAAACAUAAUGCAGGAGACACUCCAAAACUCAACGGCAGCGGACAGCCUAAUCAAGAUCGGUCCGACCAGGAUAUUGCUGCUCGACCGAGGAAUACCGUAUGACUUAUGGGACACAGUAAUGAUUAUGCUCUCGAUAGUAAUUGGCUCUCUUUUAGGGUACGGUGCAGCCAGAGUGGCUAGGCCACGCCGCCUUCCGGCAGCCCCCUUCCUUCUGGUUUUGAUGCUCACCACCACUACUGAAAUAGGAGCAGACUUGGUGUGGGCAGCAAUACAUCAUCCGCCAGCGCUAGCCGCUAUCUCCACCACAGCCCCCUCUCUCCCAAAGUUGUAUGCAAAAAACUGCUCCGCCAGAUUGCCUUGCAUACCAGAUAUACCGUUAACCAUCAGACCCAUACGUUUUGACCUUCCCAUCACCAAUGACGUGGUCAUUUUUUCCACUAAUAGUAACCCCUCGUGUCACCGGGGAUCCUGCGUUAGCUUCCUGCCCCUCCUUGUAAAAUGGUACAAUACCUCCCUGACGGUGAGGUUGUCUGUCCCAUCCCUGCAUUCGCCUGGAUGUUUUAAAGCUGGCACACUUAGCGGCGGAGUCAUCACUUUUAACUCAACCUGCAAACCCCGAGCAGCCAUGCACACCCGUCCCGAUUUCCCCACAUGCCCAUACCGUGUGUCCCCAAGCCGAAAAAGACAGAUGGUGGACCUGUCACAACUUUCAUGGCAGCCCUGUACUGUCGACGGCGUGGGAGUGACUCAUCUAAACAUGUCUUGGUGGUCCCGGUUCUCUCCUCCAUCCGGUAGUAACAACAUAUUCGCGUUGACCUGGUGGGAGUCCUACCUGAGAGUGAACAACAAGUGGGCAAUAAGCUUCCCCUUCCCCCUUAAUGAAAAUUGGUUGUGCCUCUCCACCGGAGCCUGCAUGGACUUAAGACCCAUGCUCGCUAUUAACGCUUCUGCCUCUAAUGGAACCACCAAUGUCACCCUUAAUUCUGAGGCUGCAUGCGUAAAACCGCCCUACUUAUGGGUAUUCUCUGCUGACAUCUCCUUUAAGUGCAGUAACCAACCAUGCUUUACAGGGAACUGCUGGAAUGGGUCUUUCCCGUAUGCUAUGUUGGCUCUUCGACCCCCACUGAUGUGGGUUCCCUUUAACGAAUCUGUUUGGGUUCAUCCCGUCUAUCAGCAGGACCAACUACCCAUGCUCAGACGUAAGAGAGAUUUUGGGAUCACAGCGGCCCUGACAGCACUGUUCGUGACUCUGACUGCGACGGCUGUGACGGCUGCCGUUGCUCUGACCCAGUCUACGCUGACGGCUCAGGCCUUUACCAAUCUUACGGACACCACCUCCCUGGCGCUGAGGGAGCAACAAGAAGUCAACCUCCUCCAGCACAACGCCAUAAUGGCGUUACAGCAGCAGAUCGACCUAAUCGCUCAGGAAGUCCAGGGACUCUGGGAGGUGGCUAACAAUUUAUGUGACGCCAGAUGGGCAUUCACCCAGUUGUGCGUUACCCCCAUCCAGGUCAACCGUUCGGCUUACAGGCAAUUUCAGGAUUAUGUUCUCACCACCUAUAAUUCUUCCUUUUGGAACGCUAGCGUGCGCCUGGAUAUGACUAUCCGGCAGCUAGAUCAGAUAGAGGUGCCUAUACUUACAGCCUCCUUUUUUGAUGAUGUCCUAAGCCAGAUAGGCUCCUUCUUCAAACCUUCGUCACUUCUUGCGUAUGGGAUCAUUCUUGCUCUUGUGAUUGUCACUCUCGUGACUCUUAGGUGCCUGCGGUCGAUAAGGGCGACCCAAAAGACACAUAUGACAAUGAUGAUGUUGCUGGCCCAGAGUCAAGGGGAUUCCACACCUAGCGUUUUCUGGGCUCAGGCUAGAAAGGCACGGCUCCUUUAACCAGUACGUGGCUGCCCUCGCCAUUAUUCUUACGGAUGUUCUAGUAUUAUUACGUACGUCUCCUUCCCCGUCGCGGCUGCGAACUUAGACUAGAAGGACCCCACGCUUAAGGCGUGUUCCCAUUGAUAAUUAGAAAAUAGUAAUUAGUGAUUGUAGUGAACGGGGAUUAUGGUUGGUAAUUAGUGAUUACGCGGUUCCUCAAAUGUCACUCGGCUGACCCCUCCGUGUCUCCCCCAAGAUAUAAGCUUUAAGAGUUGAGUGGGCAAGCCAACGACGGGUAAGACGGGAGAAGUUCUCCUGAUCAACCUAAGACAGGCUCUACUCCGAGGGUCCUCUAGGGAGUGAGAGUUAUGGCAUUGAGAUGCGAGACCAAGGGUACUGCAGUGCCAUCCGCCUCGAGGGUUGAGGGGAAGGCAGGAAUGAAUGUCUAUAUGCAUCCAGGUUCGGUUCACAAAAGCCUGGCCCUGCGAAAAAAUGAACCACUCACCUUGAGCAUGGUCCUGGCGCAAGGAUAUGUACGAGACAAGGUGAUGCACAGCAGGGUAUAGACCUCUACAUUCUCUCAUGCCUCGGCCUGCGAAAUAGGCCCACUCCCAGACACCUCACAUGGACCCACAGACCGCCCUAUCUUAAUAAAUAAAGAAGGGGGAGAUGUUGGGAGCUCGACCGAGUGAUAUGAGGCCUGUGGUGAGGAGUGAAGCCUGAGCUAGAUUGCCCCUCCCGUCGACCGAGUGAUAUGAGGCCUGUGGUGAGGAGUGAAGCCUGAGCUAGAUUGCCCCUCCCGUCGACCGAGUGAUAUGAGGCCUGUGGUGAGGAGUGAAGCCUGAGCUAGAUUACCCCUCCCAUCGAGUAUGCCAAGAUGGCGCCCAUUUCCUGCUCCCUAGCUAGUAAACAACACGCCCUGUAAGCUAGUCUGCCCAGCAACAGCUGACGCUGGCCAAUCAGCUCGUCUUGCCUACUUUGAUGUGAUUGGUCGAUGUGUCCAUAUAUAUGCUGACACCACCCCUGGGGCGAGAACACACACCAAGAAGAGGGACUGCUGAGAGAAGCACACAAGGAGCCGUAGGGAACGGACCAGAGGAGGCUUCCCUCAGGCGGGAUCCGAGAUCCCGGAACAGGGCGUACGGAGAGAGAAAAUAAAUCAGAGGCUAUCCGCCGACUACU